AUAACAUGUAGAGACGUUUCCCAGUUACACCAAUUCUUGUUGAAGUCUGAGAAUAGAUACAUGGCAAUGGCAUUGGCAACAGCUUUCGUAAUUCUUCUAGUGGCUGCUGCUCCAGCGGCCUACGCUACGCAGUACGUGGUGGGUGACAGCGCAGGAUGGACCAACUUCGGCACAGACUACGGCACUUGGGCCUCUGGUAAAACAUUUGCUGUCGGGGAUACUCUUGUAUUCAACUAUGAUAGCUCCACCCACAAAGUGGCUGAAGUAUCACAAAGCGACUACAACAGCUGCAGCGCCAGCAAUGCCGUCCAAACCUACAGCGAUGGAAGCACAACAAUUUCCCUGUCCAAGCCUGGUUCUAUGUAUUUCAUCUGUCCUACUGCUGGUCACUGUAGCAGUGGCAUGAAGUUAUCUGUCAGUGUUGUGGCUGCCGCCACCCCAACUACCCCUGCCCCUCCAUCUGGCUCCACCACUCCUGCUCCUCCAUCUGGUUCCACUACCCCUUCAGCAGGUACCCCACCCACCACCCGUGCUGCAUCACCUCCGCCGCCUGCUGGUAAUGGAGCAGCUUCUAGUUUUUGUAACAUGUAUAGUUUGAUCCUCGGUUCCUUGCUUAUACUUGCAUUGAUGGGCUAGGGGAGAGGCAGUGCUGUUGAAAUUGUGUGAUUUUGUUGCAUCAGGGAUCGAUUAUGUACGUAUUUUUGUGUUUUUAUGGUCAUAUUUCCUGAAUUCUUGAUUUACGUGGAAGUGGAUUGUUAAAAUAAAAAUUCUUACUUGUAGAA